CGUCAUCAGGUCCGGGCUGGGGGCCUCAGCGUUCACACAGUGUGGUUAAUGAUUGAGGGGGGGGUGUCACUCAUUGACCGCAGGAACUUUUAGACCCACAGACAGAAUUAGGGUGGCGGGACUUCACUGUCACUCCACUGUCACUCCACUGGGACUCUACUGGGUUCGACUCAGAGGAAGUUGAAGGACACUUUUAAUCUGCUGGAGACAAUCUGAGCGUCUUCCUUUCCUUCUUCUGUCCUUCUGCCACCCAGCUUCACCUGGCCGAUCUCCACCCCUCAUUGGGGGAGGGCUGAGUGCCCCUGGAUACCUGAUCACCUGAGGUCCAAGCCACACUUUUACCUUUGUUUUGCUGUUGUGAAGCAGCUGACCAGCUUCAGGUUUGCACCAGAAGCUCCAGGAUCAGCCACCGUGGUGAAGCUGCAGCGAUGGCUGCUGGAAAGCAGCGGGACAGCCGGGAGGCGCCGCCGGAUGGCGGGUGGGGGUGGGUGAUUGUUGGAUGCUGCUUCAUGGUGACGGUGUGCACACGUGCAGUGACCAGGUGUGUCUCCAUCUUCUUCGUGGAGUUCCAGGCUCACUUCGGGGCCGACUACGCCGCCACCGCCUGGAUCCACAGCCUGCUGGACUGCAGCACCAUGCUGUGUGCUCCCGUCGGCAGCCUGGUGGGGAGCCGCUGCUCCUGCCGGGCGGCGGUGGUGGCGGGGGGCCUUCUGGCCUCCUGUGGCCUCCUGCUCAGCUCCUUCGCCACCAGCCUGGAGAUGCUUUACUUCAGCGCCGGGAUCCUGACAGGUCUGGGCUUCGCCCUCUGCUACACCCCCGCCAUCGCCCUGGUGGGCUGUUACUUCCAGCGGAGGAAGGCGCUGGCGUACGGUGUCGCCAUGUCGGGCAGCGGGAUCGGGACCUUCGUGCUGGCUCCGGUGGUGCAGAUGCUCAUCGAGUUGUACUCGUGGAGGGGGGCACUGCUCGUCCUCAGCGCCUUCGUUGCAAACCUGUGCGUCUGUGGAGCACUGCUCCGACCAAUAGCACUGCAGGAGGAGCAGUGUGGUAGGAGUUCUCAUCAAUCACAUGUUCCCUCAGCGGGCCAAUCACAAUCAGACUCACCUGUGCGUUCUGGUGCAGGUGACAUCUCACAGCAGGACGUGGAGAAACCUCCCAAAGACUCUGUGGACCUCCUAGCUCCGCCUCCUCCACCUGAAAGCUCCGCCCCCAGGCUGAGGAGGAUGUGGCGCCUCCUGUCCUGUGGGGAGUACCGCUUCCUGCUGCUGCCUGACUUUCUGGGUCUGGCCGUGUCCUUCCUGUUUCUGGCCAGCGGCUGCAGCCUGCCCUUCGUUUACCUGGUGCCCUACGCCCUGAGUGCCGGCAUCAGCCACCAGCACGCCGCCUUCCUCAUGUCCAUCCUGGGGGUCAUCGACAUCGUGGGGAACAUCACCUUCGGCUGGCUGACGGACAGAAGGUGUUUGAAGCCGCACCGCCUGGCCUGUUACGUCUUCUCGGUGGGGAUGGAGGGUCUCUGCUGCCUCUUCACGCCAUUACUUUGUUCGUUCCCGCUCCUCGUGCCCUUUGCCAUGCUCUACGGCUACUUCGACGGCGCCUACGUGGCUCUGAUCCCAGUGGUGACGUCUGAUGUGGUCGGAACUACGUAUCUGUCCUCAGCUCUGGGCGUUGUCUACUUCCUCCACGCCAUACCUUACCUGGUCAGCCCGCCCAUUGGAGGCUGGCUGGUUGAUGUUACAGGAAGUUACACAGCCACUUUCCUCCUCAGCGGCGCCGCUCUGCUGGCCAGCGCGGUCAUUCUUUCCGCCGUCACUGGAAUUCGCCAUUGCCGCCAUCGAUCAGAUUCGGUGCUGCUGCAAUCUUCUGAAAACUGUCAUCAGGGAACCCGAGCCCCUCCACCUCAGCCUGUCUGACCAAUCAGGUGGUUUCGUCACCUUCAACAGGAAGGUGGUACCUCACAGCCCUCAGGCUGCGCUCGCUCUGCAGGUCUUGAUGCUCAGUUCAGAUUUUUUGAUCAAA